AAUUUAGUGGCAACUGAGCAACUGAUUGUGUAAAAAUAUACACGACUUCUAAUUAAGUGAGUCAAAAUAUUAUAAUAUCGAGGUUUGUGCAUCCAUAACAAUGUAUAAGAAGUACUCCACUACUCCAUAUAUGGUCGAUGGUUCCAUUAUCUCUUCUGGCCAGAGUUCUGGACAUGAGUCUCUUCAUGCUUACAAAAACAAUACUCCGUACCAUAAAUAAGUAUAUCCCUCCUUCAAGCCUUCACGGAAUAACUCUCUUCAUGGUUGCAUUGUAUCUUUUAACUAAUUAUUUAUCUAGUACUUGUUGUGUAUAACUAGAAGUCUCCGUAUUCGAGAGUGAGGGAUAACCCAGUUGUUUAAAGCUUCUAUCCCGAGUUCAGGUGAUCCUGAGAUCGAUUCUUAUUCCCGCCCUUUUGGGCUUGUGGCUCAUUCGCAAAAAAAAAAAAAAAAAAAAAAAAUCUCCGUGCUACUGUACUAUAGUAAACCCUGUAGCAAAAAACUACUUUGUAUAUACUAUGUAGGUUGGUGGCGAAGUUUAACAAAUUAACAUACUUAAAAUUUCUGCAGGAAGCUACCGUGUAAUUUGUGUAUGUAUAUGCGUCAUUGCGUCCACAUAUUCGCAAUUCACCAUUGAUGGACUUUGUUUUUAAGAUAAAGACAGAUUAAUUCCUACUCAAAUUAGAUAAAAUGCAAACUUAAUUGGAUAUUUGUAGGAAAACCCCUUAUACAAAUGUAAUGGUUAGUUGAACCAACAAAGUAGGUGUAUUUUUGUUGGCCUCUUAUCUUUCAUUUCCCAUUUUGGAACUCCUUCAAACACUCCCUUUUCCCUCCUUUUUCAUUCUGGCCAACCUUCUCACCUUCCACCCAUCUCAUCAUAUACUCAUACGGCUUUUAUAUCUUUCUCUGGUUCUUGAUUUGAUCUUCAUCUAUCUGUGGAGCCCUCAUGGAAGACCAGCAAAACAUCCCACAGGUUCAAGUUCAACAAUUUUCACCUCAUUAUGAACUUCUUCAAUGCAUUCAACCAAAUAAUAUCGACCUAGCUUCCACAACAACUGUCUCGGAUAACAUUGAUUGGUCCAGCUUUUUGAUCAAUUCACCAACUGCUAAUACUGCUAGUGACGAUGAUCAUCAUCAAUUUCUUAGUUGUUUUGAGCAUCAAAGCAAUAGUUCUGAUCUUUUGGGUGGUGGAAACUGUAGUAACAGUGAGAGCAAUGAAGAAGUUAAAGGAUAUAUUGAUAAUAAGAUGGAAAACAGCAAGAGUAGAUUUAGUAGUAGUGGUGGUGUUAGUAGUAGUCCGAGAUCAAGAAAAGCUAGGGAAGUUCCUCGAUUUGCGUUCCAAACAAGGAGUUCAGAAGACAUCCUUGAUGAUGGAUAUCGUUGGAGGAAAUAUGGUCAGAAAUCCGUCAAGAAUAACAAAUACCCAAGGAGCUACUACCGGUGCACACAUAUUACGUGUAACGUGAAGAAACAAGUGCAGAGGCUAUCCAAGGACUCUGGGAUUGUUGUAACUACAUACGAAGGAGUUCAUAAUCACCCUUGCGAGAAGUUGAUGGAAGCCCUUUCUCCUCUCCUUAACCAAAUGCAAUUUCUCUCUAGUUUAACCUAAGUUUUAAUUUGUUGAUCAAUAUUCUACCUGUUAACUUAUUUAUACAUUAAAUUAACCACAUUUAAGUUAAAGAUUCUUCAAAGAAUAUACAUAUACAUAUACAUAUACAUAUACAUAUGAAAUGUACAUGUAAUCAAUGGACAUAUAUACAUGAUAAUAUUUGAUACAGAUAGCUUGUAAUUAACUUUAGCUGAUUCUUUCUUAUAUAGUCAGGCUCAUUACAUAUGUAAGAUUAUUUUACAAGACAAAUAUUUUUACAGGUUUUAUUACCUAUUAUGCAUAGUUUAUCGAAUUUGGAGUUGAUAGAUGAUGUUCUUGGUUUGAUAGCUAAAGUAUGAGGUAGGAAAGAGGAGAUAACAUA